AUGUGCCCUGAGUCUGUGUCGUCGUCCCCCCCUCCCCGUCUUUGUGUCCCAGGAGUAAAUGCCAAAGACAAGUGUCUCAAUACACUGCACCGGGCCGUCACUUCCUGCAGUGAGGAGGCAGUCCAGGUGCUAUUGAAACACUCUGCUGAUGUGAACGCCAGGGACAAGAACUGGCAAACGCCGCUCCACAUCGCUGCGGCCAAUAAGGCGGUCCGCUGUGCCGAGGCCCUGGUCCUCAGCAAUGUGAACAUGUCGGACCGGGCGCUGCACCAUGCAGCGUACACCAAGAGGUUAGCAAUUAGCAUGGACAUGAUUACACACUGUAGUUAACACUUUAUACCUGUC